CAAAACUUGCAUCUUGUUUCCCGAAGUAUACAUCAUCCCUACUACCCAAGUUCAAAAUUUCAGAGACCUCCAUUGAGGAUAUCCAUUCAGCUGUUCUCUUCUCUUAAUCGUCUUCCUCUGCGUAAAACAAAACUUUUAGAUGUAAAAUAUGGAUACCAGUCCCACAGGAACUUUUGGCUAGCUAGACUAGCAUCAAGGCUUCUCAAACUUCGCUAUCUUAUAUUAGGAUCUGCUGUAGGUGGUGGUUAUACAGCUAAGAAGACGUAUGAUCAGUGGAAGGACAUGAUGCCAGAUCUCGAUGAGUAUAAGUGGAUUGUUCCUGACUUCAUUUGGGAGCUUGAUGAACAUAUUGACUUCGGUUACAAUUUGGUUAGUGAAGUCAUAGGAGCUUCUGAUCUACUUCUGUUGUUAGGUUCGCCAGGAGAAACAGCAUUCAGAGCUACUGACCAGGGAUAUGAGAAUGACAAACAGUACAAGAAGGGCCUGCUUGGUGAACUCAUUCUGUUACAACAACAAAUCCAGCAGCACGAAGAGGAAGCGCGCAGAGCCGCUGGCCAGUAUAACAUGGGCUCUUCCCAGCAGAAGCGAAAGGUUUCUGACAAAGAGAAGAUUGAUCAACUUCAAGAAGAACUUUUGCGCACUCAGCUCAAAUACCAAAGAAUGCUUGAGCGAUUAGAGAAGGAGAACAAAGAAUUAAGAAAAUUGGUACUGCAAAGAGAUGAAAAAGGAAUUCAUCAGAGGAAAUUAAAGAAAUCCUUGAUUGAUAUGUAUUCUGAAGUACUCGACAUCCUAUCUGAUUAUGAUGCCAGUUACAACACUCAAGAUCACCUACCUCGAGUGGUGGUGGUUGGAGAUCAAAGUGCAGGAAAAACCAGUGUGUUAGAAAUGAUCGCCCAAGCCCGCAUAUUCCCUCGAGGGUCUGGGGAGAUGAUGACACGUUCCCCUGUUAAGGUGACUCUUAGUGAAGGUCCCCACCAUGUGGCUUUAUUCAAAGACAGCUCUCGGGAGUUUGAUCUGACCAAGGAGGAGGAUCUUGCAGCUUUGAGAAAUGAAAUAGAAAUCAGAAUGAGAAAUAGCGUGAAGGAAGGGUGCACUGUUAGCACUGAGACAAUCUCCUUAAGUGUGAAAGGUCCUGGUUUGCAGAGAAUGGUAUUGGUUGAUUUACCUGGAGUCAUUAGUACUGUGACAUCAGGCAUGGCUCCAGAUACGAAGGAAACUAUAUUUAGCAUCAGCAAGGCCUAUAUGCAGAAUCCUAAUGCUAUCAUCCUAUGUAUUCAAGAUGGGUCGGUGGAUGCAGAACGCAGUAUUGUCACAGACCUAGUCAGCCAAAUGGAUCCCCAAGGAAAAAGGACAAUUUUUGUGUUGACUAAAGUUGAUCUUGCUGAGAAAAAUGUAACUAGCCCAAGCAGAAUCCAGCAAAUAAUUGAAGGGAAACUCUUCCCGAUGAAAGCUUUGGGUUAUUUUGCAGUUGUUACUGGAAAAGGAAACAGCAGUGAAAGCAUUGAAUCUAUUAAAGAAUAUGAAGAGGAAUUUUUUCAAAAUUCAAAGCUAUUAAAGACAUGUAUGCUGAAGGCACACCAGGUAACAACAAAGAACUUAAGUCUUGCUGUGUCAGAUUGCUUUUGGAAAAUGGUGAGAGAGUCUGUGGAGCAACAAGCAGAUGCUUUUAAAGCCACACGUUUCAAUCUUGAGACCGAAUGGAAGAACAAUUACCCCCGGUUGCGAGAGCUUGACAGGAAUGAACUGUUUGAAAAAGCAAAGAAUGAGAUUCUUGAUGAAGUCAUAAGUUUGACUCAGGUCACACCAAAGCACUGGGAGGAGAUUCUUCAGAAAACUUUAUGGGAGAGGGUAUCUACUCAUGUGAUUGAAAAUAUCUACCUUCCAGCAGCACAGACUAUGAACUCGGGGACAUUUAACACCACUGUGGACAUCAAACUGAAGCAGUGGACUGACAAGCAACUGCCUAAUAAAGCAGUAGAGGUGGCAUGGGAGACUUUGCAAGAAGAAUUUUCCCGUUUCAUGACAGAACAAAAAGGCAAAGAGCAUGAUGAUAUCUUUGAUAAACUGAAACAAGCUGUCAAAGAAGAAAGUAUAAAACGACACAAAUGGAAUGAGAGAGCGGAGGAUAGCCUGCGAGUGAUCCAGCACAAUGCCUUAGAAGAUCGGUCAAUAUCUGAUAAACAGCAGUGGGAUGCAGCCAUUCAUUUUAUGGAAGAGACGCUCCAAAGUCGCCUCAAAGACACUGAAUCUGUUAUUGAAGAUAUGGUGGGUCCAGACUGGAAAAAAAGGUGGUUAUACUGGAUAGGCCGCACCAAAGAACAGAAUAUUCGCAAUGAAACAAAAAAUGAACUUGAGAAAUUAAUCAAAUGCAAUGAAGAACAUGCAGCUUAUCUGGCAAAUGAUGAAGUGACAACUGUCAGAAAGAAUCUUGAGGCAAGAGGAGUAACAGUGGACCCAUGUCUGAUUAAAGACACAUGGCAUCAAAUUUAUAGAAGAUAUUUCCUGAAGACUGCUUUGAACCACUGUAAUCUGUGUCGAAGAGGCUUCUAUUAUUAUCAGAGGCAUUUUGAGGACUCGGAGCUCGAAUGUAAUGAUAUUGUCCUCUUCUGGCGAAUACAACGAAUGCUGGCAAUUACAGCAAAUACACUGAGACAGCAGCUUACUAACACUGAAGUAAGGCGCUUGGAGAAGAAUGUAAAGGAAGUGCUUGAAGAUUUUGCUGAGGACAAUGAAAAAAAGGUGAAGCUCCUAACUGGCAAGAGGGUCCAGCUCGCAGAGGAUCUCAAAAAAGUUCGGGAAAUCCAGGAAAAACUUGAAGCCUUCAUAGAAGCCCUCCAUCAAGAAAAGUAGAUUGUUCAAGCAGCAACUUUACACAAGAAUGCACCCUUUUUCAGGAUACCUCGCACAAAGAAGACUGAAUAGAAAUGGCUUUUGUGUCCCAUUCUUUCCUAUCUUUUGGAGAGCAUCCUGAAAUUGUUGGAGGAGAAAGAAAAUAAUGUCUCAUGGGAUUGAGAAGUUCAGUUAAAAUCCACCUGCUCUUUUAGAAGCUACAUGUACAUGACAGAAGAAUCUGACUUGUGUGUCAAUGAGAUAGCCUGGGAGCUCGCUGAAGUUGUACAUUUAAGGUUUGGGUUUUUUUCCUGAAAGGAAAAAAGCUUUUAUUUUUGGCGUCUGUCUUGUAUGGUAGGGCUGGAAGAGAUUCAUAAAAUAAUUUUUGUCUGUUGUCGUUUUCUUGCCUGCAAAUGAUCCUGGGAUUUUGAGAUAAGUUUUAGUAUUCAUAUGUACCUUAAAACACCCUUCCAAGUAAUGCCAUUUGUAUUUGUUAUGCUCUGUGUUGAAGCAUUCUUUGACCACUCUGGUA